AUGAAUUACCUGCGUACGACUGUACGGCGUUUUUCUGCUAUGGCUACCACUACUUCUUGUUCGCCUUUUACAAGGGCCGUUGUGAGCUCGAUGAGAAAGCUGUAUCCGGAGGCAUUGGCUGAUAAGAGCUUUGAUAACACUGGAUUGCUUCUUGAAGCUCCCUUGGAUCCCUCGCGCCGGCAGAAGAACUCGGUCCUGCUGGCCAUUGAUCUUACUACAGCCGUUGCAGAUGAGGCGAUCAAGCGUCGAGACUCGGCCAUCGUGGCCUACCACCCCAUCAUCUUCCGCGGUCUCAAGUCCAUCACCCUUGAAGACACCCAGCAACGCUCCCUCCUCCGUCUAGCCCAACACGGAAUCAGCGUCUACUCACCGCAUACCGCAGUCGACACCGUCCCCGGCGGAAUGGCCGACUGGCUCUGUGACGUAGUAACCGGCGUCUACGGCGAGAACAAGCCAUCCCAGAUCGCAUCAUGCGCUUCAUCAAAUUACUCCGCACCUACCUACCCUCGCCCAGAAUUCGCAGCAUCCGCUACACAGACCUCGAUCCCCCAUGCCCGCACCACCAUCCACCCUUCACCCUCCACAUCUAUCCCCGAGGGCUUCGAGGACGCCGGUGCAGGUCGCCUGGUUACAUUUAACUCUGCCCAGCCUUUGACCAAGCUGAUCGAUUUCAUCGGCCAGGGCGUCGGGCUACCCGGUGGGAUCCCUAUUGCCAUUCCCCAGUCCAAGGCCGUGGACGAUAUCCACAUCCGCACAGUAGGCAUGUGCCCAGGCUCAGGCUCCGGCGUCCUCAUGCGCGGCGAACUUCCCGAUCUCCUAUUCACAGGCGAAAUGAGCCACCAUGAAGCAUUGGCUGCUACGGAGCGUGGGUCUGUGGUUAUCUCGCUUGCACACUCGAACUCUGAGCGCGGGUAUCUGCAUGCUGUUAUGCGGAAUAAGUUGCUGCAGGAUUUGUCGCAGCGGUGGCAUGCUGAGAGGGAGACUGCUCUUCAGGGUGCUUUGGAGGAGGAUUCUGAGGUUUAUCGGGAUGCUGAGGUCUCGGUUUCGGUUAGUGAGGCUGAUCGGGAUCCGUAUGGAAUUAUGGUUCGGCGUUGA